AUGGACUCGCCGGCCUCUUACCCCGCCGACUCGGCCUACAGCCCCCAAGUGGUCAACGAACAAGAUCAACAAGAAGAAACCACGGCGAUCCAAAAUGGCGGCCACCAGUCUACAACAGCUACUCCUCCGCUCGACAGUGACCCAAACCAAAGAUACAACUCCCCCAGUCUGUAUCCACAAUCGAAUUCGCGGCCAGGGUCGGGCAUGGGCGGUCAUCAACAAGCACAGCAGCAGGAGAACAGACAAGCCCAACCCGCCAGUAAGAGUAGCGUGGUCAUAAAAGUUGGCAUGGUCGGUGAUGCACAGAUCGGCAAGACGAGCUUGAUGGUGAAAUAUGUGGAAGGCAGCUGGGAUGAAGACUACAUACAAACAUUAGGUGUCAAUUUCAUGGAAAAGACCAUCUCAAUACGCAACACCGAGAUCACGUUUUCAAUUUGGGAUCUCGGCGGCCAACGCGAAUUCGUCAACAUGCUGCCUUUAGUCUGCAACGACGCCGUUGCCAUUCUCUUCAUGUUCGAUCUCACCCGGAAGUCGACCCUAAACAGUAUCAAAGAGUGGUACAGGCAAGGACGGGGCUUCAAUAAGACCGCCAUUCCGUUCUUGAUUGGCACCAAGUAUGACCACUUUGUCAAUUUCCCGAGGGAAGACCAAGAAGAAAUAAGCAAUCAGGCUCGACGUUUCGCCAAAGCCAUGCGCGCCAGUCUUAUCUUCAGCAGUACCAGCCACAGCAUCAACGUGCAGAAAAUCUUCAAGAUUGUUCUAUCCAAAGCGUUCGAUCUGAAGUGUACCAUUCCCGAAAUCGAGAACGUUGGCGAACCUCUCUUACUGUACCAAUCAGUCAAUUGA